UACCCAUUGCCCGAUUGCCCAUCCCUUGUGCUGUGUAUUAUGUCGUUAUAGACAAGGGAAGCAGUUGCAUUGGCACUUUAUCGCACCAUUAGACUUGUGGAGGUGCAGUUAACCACAGCUAUCUUGCCAUCCUUCUUGUACUUGCGUGUACUUCUGACCAGUAUACUUGAGUCUGCGCUCGAUCAUAGAUACGUACGUCGAUGCUUGCGUCUUCAUCUGGUCACGAAUAUAUCUAUCCAAUGAUUACAUGAAGUAGCAUACACCAUCUCACACUACUCAACAAUCCGAAUGCACAGAACAACUCACACAUAUGCACGCACAUCCGAACGAAUAUCCUAAAUCACGCCCGCAUAAUGCAACCAUGGCUGCCGCGCACAAGGUAAGCUCGCUAUUAGACUGGUGUGAGUCGUUGGAUGGACAAGUUCCUGCGCGUGUGGCAUUCAAAGCCAUUGCCCAGCAAGGGGUGGGUGGGGUGGCCCAGCAAGCCAUUGCGUCGACUGAUGUGGUGCUGGAGAUUCCUGUGGACUGUGUGAUUACGGCCAAUACAGCGAGGUCGGAUAAGGAGGUGGGGCUGGCUAUUCGAGCAGUGGAUAGGGUGCUGAGGAACAAACAGAUCAAAGCACGGACAAGACGAGAGGCGGACAAGAAAACUAAGAUCCUGUCACUGACAUGUGGGUACAGGAUAGCCAAGGGAGAGCAGGUGUGCAUAGACUAUGGACCGAAGGGGAACGGCGAUCUGUUGCUGCAUUUUGGCUUUGCUCUCGAGAACAAUAUCGCAGACAUCUAUACCUUGUACUACACCCACAAAGGCACGGGCCCUUCCGCGUCAAAUGAUACACCCGCAAAGGUAAGUAAAUUCCGACUCUUCCGGGGCGAUGUUCUUCCUUUGGAGCUGUUGAACGCCGCGCGUAUCACCGUCGCAGAUGAGAGGGAGCGCGAGACCUUGCGCAAGCGGAAGCGUGGCGUAGAAGUAGACUUUGCCUUGAUCGACAGUGUGUACGGAACAGAGGCAAGAGAGUUUAUUCAGCAGAAUGACUGGGGACAUGCCUACAAUUCGUUGAGUGACUCUCGGCCGACAGACGAUGAGGUGGCAGAGAGUGUCACGACCACGGACACGUGGGACGUAUACGAUGUGGGGGAGAUCAUUAGCCAAGCGAACGAGGAGAAAGCGCUGCUACACAUACAAGCGCUCCUGAAAACCGAACACGCACGACUGCCUACCAGACGCCCUAUCGGCCGAUCAAUCAACAUCCCAAACGCAUACAGCUACGAUACUAUGGAGGACCCGAGAACUGUAGAUACAGAAACACACCAUAUGGACGCUCGGGAGGCGUCUGUGAGCUGGGAGGAUGCGGCAUAUUGCACUAGUGUGUAUAUAGAGGGGCUGCACUGUAUUCUGGACGAUGUCCAGCGGAAUGUGCAGAGGCUGAUGACUCACCUGCGGUCGGAUUGACCAGAUGAACGCGGAAUAGACAUAUAACGACUUUGGAAGAAGAAAAAAUACACGGGUACAUGGUGGAAUCAUCUACCUACGGUUCAUGCGCCUUUUAAGAGUAAAAGGAGGGCGAAAUAAACGCAUCCGUAGUGUGAUUUAACAUUUUAUAAUGUGUUUUAGGCUUGUAUGAUCGGCACGUUCAAACCGAAGCAAUUUCCCAACACCCCGUACAACGUACUACUACAAAAUUUAACACCAGUCAACAGACCGCCGAUAAACAAGUGCAGCCCCAAUACAACCGCGUUUGUACAGUGCACGAUUUGUCAAAGCUACCAAGCCGUCCUAAGCCUGUCUAUCACUCUGUACUCUGCCAUCCUACCCUUGACUAUCCUACAUACACAUAUCCAUCCACACCAACUGUGGACCAGAUUCAAAACACCUCCUGACAGCCGAUGAUAGCCUUGAGUGAGAACAACAUCUGACAACACCGCGCGAAUAAAGCAGACUCCUAUGCAGCCCUUGUCACCAUAACCCAUCCAGUAUACUUCUUCGGCCAGAAAUUGUCCCCAAGUCAACAGUUGGUGAAGCCAAGGGCAAUAGCUCUUACUACGACAUACAGGCGUAUGGGUGCUCUUAUUUCAUUCAAACCAUCGAACCGAACCGAGGUCACUAUACAAAUUCAUAGACAACUACAUGGUAUCGUAUCCUCGCCGAUUCAAAGCAAGACGUAAUCGUUGCUUGAAUCGAGUUUCAAUGUACUCAGUUUGGCUGCCGUAUUCGCAUCUAUCUUCAAAUAUCGGAUACGCCACUUAUAUUGCACCACUGAACCCGGGCAUCCCGGACCAUACAACCUUACAUGCGACCGUACACCUUUUCCGAGCCUUUGUGCUAAAACAGUAGAACUCGCCAUACUCGCAGCUAUUCUCCAACUUCGCAUACAGCUGUUCUCAGCAAGUCGCAACAAUCACUCACAAUCCCGUAAAUCAGCCGCACCCCAGAGCAUCUCAAGCUCUCAUCGUCGCAUACUGAUACUAUUGAAUACCCAUGCAUACAUCUCUCGUGUAUGUAUUGUGUUUCCCGGCACAUCGUGCCGCUUAGUCCUGUUUCACCUUAAAAAAUAGUUGAUCCGACGGCCUGCGUGUGUCGAUUGCUCGAUCCCUUCGCAUUCAUCGUACUGUCCCUCGGGCCUGGCGUCGGCACUCAUACCACUAAACUCGACACUUCGCUCUAUAAACCUGCAACAAACAAACAAACAAAAAAACCCUUCCUCGACCUAUCCAAGCGCACCUCAACUGUCAUCUCACCUUCAUUUACAUAUUCUUACUUUGUUGCUCAGCCAACUCCUGCUUCUCGUAGACACUCAAACGCGUGGUAGCACUGGCAGGGCCCACGCUUUCCUCUAACUUCAUACCCAUAUACCCCACUGCGGCGGCCAAGGGAAAGACCACUAUGGCCACAGCUUGUCUUGCAUUGUUGCCCCCUAUAGCUCGUAAAACGUUGGCCCACAUUGCGUUGUCUUAUGUGACUGACUGAU